AUGAGCCUAGAUUUCCUAGAAGCAAUGAAUACACCGCGAGAAGAGACACAAGACAGCAAUGCUCAAACAACUUCGCAAGAAGGAGAAACGACUGCGUUGCUUGCAGCAUCCACGCCGCUCUCAUAUGGCGGACAAAUACCGGAAGGGGAAGAAGAGAACGCCACUCCCGCAACAAACGCGAGUGAAGAUGCCAACAACGAACCCUCAAACAACACUGGCGCAGAAGAACCUAGAGAUGGUGCAAUUGGUGGUCUAACAAGGAGACUGCGGUGUCUUUUUUCAACAAUAACCUGGCCUAUUGUACCAUUGGGAACUAUAGUUGCCAUGGCGUUACUUUGGGUGGUAUACGCGGCUUCGUCUCUCGAUUUAAAGAGGACUUGCUCCCAUCCGUUGCACUGGUAUGCAUUAUCUUCAUUAAUCCUUGUGGUAUAUGUGCCACAGCAUUCAAGGAUUCGGACCCAUCUAUUCCAGUAUUCCAGAGAACGAGAUGGACCAGUACGGCCUGCUCGUGUUCGAGUCUAUGACCAGAUAUUCCACACGAUAUGUCUGCUGUAUGUUUACACUGGUGUUACAUUAAUUCAGACUUGUAACGAGGAUUUGAUUGAGAAUGAAUUACUGACAGAGAUUGAUGAGCAACUCAAGGCGCAAUUUGAUGGUCCUCUGAACACCUGCGCAGCAACAUGCCCAAACUUGUAUCAAGCUCUGUCUAUUUAUGUUGCUACCCUGGAAAUGUUCACAUUUGCCCUGAUACUGCCACUACUAUUUCUUCCGUGCAUAUAUCUAUGGUUUUUACGACGAGCUACAGCAGAAGCUGAAGCUUUUGCACACUUGCAGGAACGCAUGCGUGAGGAAGAAAACAUUCUCAACAAUGGUGGAAUUACGGCCGGGGAGAUUAUGGAUAGCCUGGAAAAAGUAAAGUUGGCAACUGUCGCAAGCUCAAAUUCCGAACCAGGUGGCACUGAACGACGAGUACUCCUGCUUCCAGAGAAUGAAACUGAGAUAUUAAACGGCGAACCUUGCGAUAUCAAGGAGUGUUGCAUUUGCAUGAAUGAUUUCAAACUGGACGAAACGACUCGUGUCCACGAGGUCAACGAAGGCGAUGAAUCACAAACAAGAGUAGUCACACACGAACAAGAAAUGAUUCGGACACCUUGUGGACAUCUCUUCCACACCGACUGCCUGUAUGGUUGGGUAGGAGGUAUGUGGCAAAUUGAUCCAAAUGCACAGAAUGGAGAAAAUGACGUGGACCCUGAAGUAUGGUCCGAGGAACGAAAGCAAAGACGCGCUCGUCAAACUUGUUGUCCGCUGUGUAGAAAGGACUUACGACCAAGUGUACGAUAG